CGCGGAGUUACGUUACAUCGUCUAACCUCGUUCCUGUUUUCCUCGCCCUAAGGGUCAUUAACAUCGAGCGUCGCGUAUCCCGAUCGACCUUGUCGGCAAAUUAGCGCGUGGCGUCUUGAUUAAAAUUUUAUCGACUCGAGUCUGAUGUUGCGUCUGAAGUAUCGCUACAAAAAGCAUGGCUAUGACUUUUGAGAACAAUCUAGAAGAUGGAUUGGAUUGUCCAUUGGAAGAAGAGCUUGAAGAGGAAGAGUACGAUGCUUUGAAUGAUGAGACGUUUGGUCCCGACGCUACCAUCGGUGAUUGGGAAGAGGAUCAUGAAAAACUUGCUGAAAUUACUGAAUCAAAUCGCCUUCAUAAUCAGAGUGCAACAAGUAAAAAGACUAUUUCUAACAUAAAUAUCGAAGACAAUUUAUCACAUUUGGUAUUGGAUAAGGAAGGAAUAGUUCCCCGACCAGGUGUGUGGGGUAGUCCUUUGAAUUUAUCUCCUCCGAAAGCUCAGCCACGAUUAUCUUUACCAAAUGCCUGUACAGUGGAAGAGUUGGAAAGAGGACUUAUUGCGAACAGGCCACCACCAGGUCUUAGCAAACCACAAACGCAACAACAGAAAAAAUCGGAGGGUUCCCUUCUCUUUGAGGCCCUCUCUUUGAAUGAGAAACUUCACGUCAAUGGCCUACCUCCACCGCGUUUUCCACCAGGGUUUGCUCCUGGAGCACAUUCUAUAAUUUUACCCAGUCCUAUAAGACCACCACCACCACAUCCUCCACAGUUGAUACAACAUCCAAGAUUAAUAGGUUUAAUUAAUCAAGGAAAUGUGUUACGUUAUCCUCCACCACCGCAUUUAAUGUUGCCACAAGCUGUUCCAAGACAACCUCUUCAUGGCUCCUAUGGUUUCCCUCCUCAACUACACCCUAAUUUAGGAGGCCCACCAUUCCUUCGGCCAGAUCACAUGAUGCCUGCAUUUCCUAACAACCAAACCAAUCAUCAGCAACACCAACAUUCUUAUUCACAUUUAGGAAAUCAGAGAAAUCAGAACAGAUCUUACUAUCAUAACGAACAACAAUCUGGACAUCAACCAUUUUUUAAAAAUAAUCAAUAUCCUCAUCGUAAUCAUGACAGAAACAAUCAAAGACCCUAUCAUCAACAUUAUUCUCACAGCGUUAACGGUAAUGCUUCGGGAGAAUACGAACACUCAGGAAAACUUGCUAUAAAACCUCAUGAGAAGCAAUGGUUAAUUAAUAUUCAAUUGUUACAACUUAAUACGAUUCAACCGUAUGUUGAUGACCAUUAUUAUGUCGUGUUCUGUGAUAAACGGAAUAAACAACAUGCAGAUCAAGAACAAAAAGAUAAGAAACACCAUAAUAAUAAUGGAUAUCACAAAGAUCAUAGAGAUUGGGAACCAACACCUCAAACCGCUUCAAGAUCAGCAUAUACGCCAGCUCAAUUUGAGAAUUCAUUAGGCAAACUUCAUUGCAGCAGUGUAACAGCACCACGUAAACUUAUCGAUAUGGAUGUCGUAUCAAAUAGCGAUUCUCAAUCUACUCCUCAGUCCCAACAGAAGGACACUAAAAAAACACGACAAUUACUCCUUGAAAUUGAAAGACUGUUUACGUUGCUAUUCAAACUGGAAGAUUUGGAUAAUCCUCUUGCUUCAAUUCCGGAACCGCAACAGCAACAAGAAGGCGAAUCCGAAACAAACAUUGCUAAAACUGAACCGGAAUUAAUAAACAUGAUUUUAACAUGUUUACAACAAUUAAUACAAGAUGAUAAAUUAGCUAGCAUGCUAAGUAUUCGAAAAGGAAAGACAUUACUACUGCGUUUUUUACCUCAUCUGAACGUGACAGAAUAUAGUAAGCAGUUAAGAGAAUUGUGGACUGCGAUAUUUAAAGGGUUAGCCAUGAUAGGCCGUAGAGAUUGUCAUAUAUUGACAGAUUUUUAUGCUGAAUUUCGAAGGUGGCUUGACGGUGUAAAAGAUUUUGAUACCAUAUUGCGAUUAGCAAGAGCAUUAUCCGACUCGGCUAACGUUCACCCUGUUAAAAACAAUAGUUUAACUUUUGCUCUUCUGAAUAAGUUUGGUGUGUCUGCAAUAGCGGCGAUGAUAGAACGAGCUGAACAAUUGUGCGAUACAGACGAUUCCCUGCCUUUUGAAUGGUCAACUUUUGUAAUGACAAUAGUUGAACUAAUUGGUGAUGCACCACCAUGUGUUGCACCUUGUCAACCAAUUACUACAAAUACGCUCAAUAAACAUCUGAAUCGGAUAAAGCUAGAAAGGUACACAGCGCUAGCGUGCUUGUUGACUGAUGCCAAUCCUUUACGAUAGUCUAACGUUAUGCAAGUUACACUCGAUUUUUUUUAAGGUUCGUCUUUUUUUAACGUACUAAAAGUAAAUUAUGCAAAAAAAAA